AUGGCCAAGAAGGGCCUCACGCCGCUCCUCGCCUCGAUACUGAAGCGCGACAACUCCGAGCUCCGCGUCCUCGCUCUCGCCUUCCUCAAGAAGCUCGCUGAGAACUUGCCGGCGCUACGCGAUGCCUCCCUCCUCGCCGGGGUCGCGGCGGCAUGCGGCUCGAGCUCGAGCGAGGAGCUCCCCCUCACGGCGUUGCGCGUGGUUUACAACCUCUCCUUCGACCCGCACGCGCGGAAGGCCAUCUUCGCCUCUCCCGUCCUCUCCAAGCUCGCCGUGCUCAUCCGGCGCCGCUCCCACCCCCUGGUCCUCCGGAUCCUCUACCUCCUAUCGGUGGAGCAGCGCGGCCGCGAGGCUACGCCAGCUCUAGCGAAGACGGACGUCCCCGUCUCGUUGCGCAAGCAUGUGCUGGCCUGCUCGGACGCGCAGCUGCCGGCGGAGCUGGCGGGACUCGCCAUCAACCUCGCCACGGCGAGCCGCGCGGCGGACGCCCUCGCCGCGGAGGGAGGGAUGCGGCACCUCCUCGAGCGGCUGCUGCAAACGCAUGACCUCGUACUGCUGAAGCUCAUCCGCGCACUCGUCGCGCACGACGGCCCUGCGAGCGCCGCCGCGCCGCUCACCGCCGAGCUGCUCGGUCUCACGCGCCAAGUGGUCGACGACGAGCACAUGCGGCUCGAGCUACUCGGCACGCUCUCUGGGCUCCGCCUCGCGCGGCUGCCCGACCUGCCGCGGCUCGUGGAGCGCUACUCGCUCAUCGAGCUGCUGCGGCAGCACAUGGCUCCUGGGGCGGCCCAGGACGACGCUCUCCUCGAGGCGGUCGUGCUCGCGGGGGAGCUCGCCGGCUCGGCCAAGGUGGCGGUCAUGCUGCUCAGCUCGGGCCUCGUCUUCCGCGACAGCAUGGCGGGCGGCCCGACGACUCGCACCCUGUACUCGCUUCUGACCGAGCGACAGGAGGACGACGAGUUCGUGGUGCAGUUGCUGUUUGCCUUUUACCGGCUGCUGCAGGUGGAGGAGCCACGCGUGGCGCUGCUCGAGAAGACGCAGAUGGUUGUCUACUUGCUCGACCUCCUCCUCGACCGCAACAGCGCGGUCUGCGGCCUCGCCUCGCAGUGCCUCGACGCCAUCUCCGAGUCGGAUGAGGAUUGGGCGGCACAGAUCCGGCAGCGCAAGUUCGAGGCGCACAACCACGAGUGGCUCGCCGUGGUGGACGAGGAUGAGGCGGAGGAGUACCAGGACGCGCUGGCCCUCAACAACGCCGUCAAGUCGCUGCGGGAGAAUGCGCCGCUCGACGCCUCCCUGCUCGGCAAGGGCGGGUACUUGGAGGCUGGGGAGACGCUCCGGCCUGGGCACUCGCCCGCGUCCGACUGCUCGAGUCCGAUGGACGAGUAUGGCGUGGGACACGGGAUGCACGGCCUCGGCAGUUACGGGUACGGCCUCGACGAGUACGAUGAGGAGGACUACGUGGCGUGA